UUUCGAAGAGAUGUUUAUGCCGGAUCCCGGCUCCUUGUCGAUCUUUUUUUCAAAUGUUUUAUUUUUCAUUGUUGUUGAGGACAAGAAUUUAGUAGUGGCAAACCAGCGGCAUCCGGGUCAACAUCGUCAUUCUUGUCCUACAUGAUCAUACAAAAUUACGUUUAGUAACCGUUACCGUUAGUCUUAGCAUCAAAGCCAAACCCUUGUUCUUCAAACACAAUUUUUAAAUUCGACAAACUCCGAUCAUCCAUCAUCUAGUUGUAUCGUCAACAGAGGCGGAAGCUUCCAUCUUGAUCGACUAUGGCAGAGGACACGGAUUAUCUCGAUGACCUGCAAGGGAGGUGGCAGACUAGCGAUCAGGACUUCGUGGUCAUAGUUAAGGCCUGAAAGACAUUUACUUAUAUUUCCUGAUUCGUUCGGAGAUCGUUCGACGUAGUGGUCCCUAUUUGCAAUGCAAUGCUAGCUAGAAAUGAAACGUUUCAGCCUUUAACAUUUAGGCGGAUCAAGUCUGGUUUCUCGGAGACUCGCAGCUCUACGGCCACAUAGAAGCGGAGAAGCAAAAGGAUGGGCGGAUCGUCAUUAUUAUGGUGUUCAUUUCCGAUUCCGAUGGAUGCUACACUUCCAACUAGAGCAACAGACGUCUACUGUUUUCCACCCCUGUAAAUAUAAUUUGGGACAACCACAGCUGCAAGAGAUGAUUUCUACUCCCCUCCCAACAAAACCAAAAAAAUGGUAGCCCCUAUACCUCGCGAAUAGGUAAAUCAAUCUCAAUCGAAGUUUCGGAAAUGGGAUCAGGAUGGCCUGCUCUAAUCUUGCUUUCUGUACCAGGACAAUGAUUUUGAACUUGCCAUGUUGAAGUUGAUGUUACGAUCCUUUAUUUCCUUCAUCUACUUGUAGUAUUUUUUACGGAGGUCGUUCAUCUUGUACUUCCCCGGAGCAUCAUGAUGAUACGGACGUUAGUACACUGUAAAAGGUGUUUCAAACGUUGAGGGUAUGUCAGCUUCAAGUUCAACGAGAAGUUGUGUAUUACUAAUUUCCUUGUUCGACGAGAAGGAGAACUGACGUUAUAAAAGAUUUUUAUCCACCAACAAAUCAGCACCGAAAACUGAAGGUGAGGAGUCAGUAUCUGGAGGAUUUGUAGACGUCGAAAUGACCAGCAUAAUAUGGGGCGAUGGAGACGUAUAACAAAUACAUCUUGUUUUGUCAUUCGUCUAAUUAUACCAUCAACCUCUUGCCCAAAAUAUUACGAUGAAAACCAAAUUGAUUAUGAUUUAAGUUGUUAGAUGGCUACAAUCACGGCAUACUCGUCCGUAUGCAUAUACUAGAUGAAGCCAUGAUCAUCCCAAAAAAAGGUCUGGAAAAAGAUGCUUCCUGGUGAUGCUCAGAGUAUCUCGGUGGAUCGACAGCAGUCCAUAUCAGUAGCCUCUGCCACAGGAAAAACGAUUGGCCGAUUGAAUAGUGGUUUGAGCUUUGAGCUCGACGAAGAGGGCCAAGAGAGACGCUGGACGAAGAAUGGGCAGCUUGGGUCGCAAAGCAUCAGUAACCAGAGCAUUGCGGAAGAGUAG